CCAAACCGCAGGCUUUCCCGCUACUGUCCAUACAGUUGGCCAGCUGCACCCCUCCGAUGUGAAGGAGGUCGCGAGACUCCCUCUUUAAACGGGGAGACACAAACAGACGUCAGAACUAUGGGAAAUAAAUUGUGUUUUUGAGGUUAUUCCAACCCUGGCCGACUGACAGCUCCAACCUCUAUGCGAAACGAAAUGUCGACUUGCACUUUUCAUGCAAAAUACAAUUUUGGAAAAACGGUCCGGAUGUUUUGUUGUAGAAAUAUCUCACGAUUUGUCUUUACUGUUUGGGAACAUUUUUAUUUGGUGACGGUUGUGUGUUUGUGUAUGUUUCCGCCUGUCAAAUCGGAUGAAAGCUGCCCAGCAUCCUGCGUCUGUGACAGUGACUCUGGGACCGUAACCUGCCAUGAUGGAGACGAAACGGCGAUCCCAGGGGACAUACCUGAAUGGACAACCACUCUUAUCUUCAGAGGGAACAACAUCUCAACUUUAACGGGGAGCGCGUUCUCAUCAAACGGGACAGAGCUGAACUUGAUGACGCUCUCGCUGUCCUACAAUGGCAUCCAGGCCAUAGAAGCUUACGCUUUUUUGGGGCUCUCCCGGUUGCAUAUGCUCGAUCUUAGCCACAACAGGUUGGCGUAUUUGUCUGAUCUGGCUUUUUACGGUUUGCUAGAGCUGCGCUCCUUGUACUUAAACAACUCCCUGACGUCUUCAGGCGCGGCGCAGCUCUCAAACGCACUCGGUGUGGAAAGUUUGCGGAGCCUUCACAGACUUGAGGUAGCGGGGAACCGCUUGAAGACAAUACCUAUUGCGAAUUUGGCCGCGUUUAACCUCCAUGCUUUAGUGCUGAGCAAUAACUCGUUUGAGAACAUCGGGAGAGAGAAUGUCUCAAGUUUGUACCAGUACACGCGGGUGCGUAUAUAUCUGUCCUUGAAUCCAUUUAGGUGCAACUGCGGACUGGAGGCAUUCUACUACUGGUUGAAGAAUUCUUCUCAGUGCCAGGACGCGGCACAUCUUCUUUGCUUCGAACCCGAGACGAGGCGGGGGUUGCCAUUGGAGAGACUCCGCGCCGAGGACGUUGACUGUCUAAAUGAGAACCUUGAAGCGGUAUCCUACGUGUUCCUCGGUAUAGUGUUAGCGCUGAUUGGGCUGGUAUUUCUAAUGGUGCUGUACCUGAACCGGGCGGGUAUCAAACGGUGGCUCAAUAACAUCCGGGAUGCUUGUAGGGACCAGAUGGAGGUCUAUCAUUACCGGUACGAACAGGACUCCGAUCCCCGGCUGGCCAACGUGUCCGUUUAGUGUUAACUUCAGCCAUGUUGAGGAACAACUGCAGUUUAAGAACAAUGAUCUUGAGUUGGAAACGCUCCCUUCGCCUUUUGGCAAUAAUGACUAAUGAGAGACUGUUAAAAUACCUGAGAUGACAAAAAAAAUACCACCUAUAGUAUAGGCACAAAACUGUAUAAAUAUUUCCAGAUAAAAUGGCAUGGAUAUGAUGAAGCCUAUUAUGUUGUUUUAACAGAAACAGUACCAGAAAUGUAUUGGUUUAGCUUUGAUUUAUCGUCAUUCUAUAUUAAAUAGCCUAGUCUACGACACUACGUUUAGAAGUAGAUAUAUAGAAGCCCUUAUUACUGGAGACGAGAAUGGCAUAAAGCACGUUUCCAAGUAUUGUAUGCAUGAUUCAAUGUUUUGUAAGAAAGAGGCUUGCUCAAAGGCUUGCUGUUCACGAGAGAGUUUGUAAUAUGCGUGGAGUGCCAUGCCCAUAAGGGAUACCAUGACAGACAGUGUCAUAUUUUAAUCAUGAGGUCCUUAACGCGACAAAUAGCCUGGCACAUGGAACAUCUUGUAGUUUUUCUAGGUGCAAAAGAACACCGGAUUGUGUUCACCUAUUAAAUGUAUCUGUGAAUUUAAAUAGAGCCGGUGCUAUGAUCCCAG